CCAAAGGAUUGCCCGGAUUUGCCGUGAACCAGCUGCUUUCUUUUAUACUUACACCUCACGUUUUCAAGAAAGUAUUUUGUUUGCUGCGUUGUCCUGCUUCUAGCAUCCCUCGGGUCUUUCCCGAGCAAACUUCAGCCUCCUCGUUUAAAGUUAUGUUUCUGCCGAGUGUGAUCUCUAACUGAAAGUUAACUUUUGGUUUUGGAUGAGUCUGUGGAGUUUACGGUGUAAGAAGAAAGGGAGCCCUAGACACGAUGAAAGAAAAGUCUAAAAAUGCUGCCCGGACGAGGAGGGAGAAAGAAAACAGUGAAUUUUAUGAACUGGCUAAAUUACUGCCUUUACCCUCAGCCAUCACCUCGCAGCUGGACAAAGCAUCCAUCAUCAGACUCACGACCAGCUAUCUCAAAAUGAGAGUGGUCUUUCCAGAAGGGCUUGGCGAGGCGUGGGGCCACACCAGUCGUACCAGCCCGUUAGACAACGUUGGUCGGGAACUCGGCUCUCAUCUACUCCAGACUCUGGAUGGCUUCAUCUUCGUGGUGGCCCCAGAUGGCAAGAUCAUGUACAUUUCAGAGACAGCUUCAGUUCACCUGGGCCUUUCUCAGGUAGAGCUGACUGGGAACAGCAUCUAUGAAUAUAUCCACCCGGCUGACCAUGAUGAGAUGACAGCAGUGCUGACAGCCCAUCAACCUUACCACUCUCACUUUGUACAGGAGUACGAGAUCGAACGCUCCUUCUUUCUAAGGAUGAAGUGUGUUUUGGCCAAGCGGAACGCUGGCCUCACCUGCGGUGGCUACAAGGUCAUUCACUGUAGCGGCUACCUGAAGAUCCGCCAGUACAGCCUGGAUAUGUCUCCCUUUGAUGGCUGCUACCAAAAUGUAGGCUUGGUGGCUGUGGGUCACUCCCUGCCUCCGAGCGCUGUUACAGAGAUCAAACUACACAGCAACAUGUUCAUGUUCCGAGCCAGUCUGGACAUGAAGCUUAUUUUCCUGGACUCCAGGGUGGCAGAGCUGACUGGGUAUGAACCUCAGGACUUGAUUGAGAAGACCCUGUACCAUCAUGUGCAUGGCUGUGACACCUUCCACCUACGCUGUGCACACCAUUUACUGUUGGUGAAGGGACAAGUGACCACCAAGUACUACAGAUUCUUGGCGAAGCACGGUGGCUGGGUCUGGGUGCAGAGUUACGCCACCAUUGUACACAACAGCCGCUCCUCCAGGCCACACUGCAUCGUCAGCGUCAACUACGUCCUCACGGACACAGAAUACAAAGGGCUGCAGCUCUCCCUGGACCAGAUAUCAGCCUCUAAGCCCACUUUCUCCUAUACCGGUAGUUCUACACCUACUAUCACUGACAACAGGAAGGGGGCCAAGUCAAGGCUUUCGAGUAGCAAGUCAAAAUCCAGAACCUCCCCAUAUCCCCAGUAUUCGGGAUUCCACACUGAAAGAUCGGAAUCUGACCAUGACAGCCAAUGGGGUGGAAGUCCCCUGACUGAUACUGCCUCCCCACAGCUUCUGGACCCAGAGAGGCCUGGCUCUCAGCAUGAAUUGUCCUGUGCAUACAGGCAAUUCCCAGAUCGCAGUUCUCUCUGCUAUGGCUUUGCGCUGGACCAUUCCAGGCUGGUGGAGGACAGGCACUUCCACACCCAAGCCUGCGAGGGAGGGCGGUGUGAGGCAGGCAGGUACUUCCUGGGAGCACCACCUGCUGGGAGAGAUCCCUGGUGGGGCUCCCGAGCAGCUUUGCCGCUUACCAAGGCCUCCCCGGAGAGCAGAGAAGCCUAUGAGAACAGCAUGCCACACAUCACCUCCGUCCACAGAAUCCGCGGUCGAGGUCACUGGGAUGAAGAUAGUGUGGUCAGCUCUCCAGACCCUGGGUCAGCCAGUGAAUCCGGUGACCGAUACCGCACUGAACAGUAUCAAAAUAGCCCACAGGAACCUAGCAAAAUUGAAACUCUCAUAAGAGCUACCCAGCAGAUGAUUAAAGAGGAAGAGAACAGAUUACAGCUAAGGAAAGCCCCUCCAGACCAACUGGCUUCCAUUAAUGGAGCUGGGAAAAAACACUCCCUCUGUUUUGCAAACUAUCAACAGCCCCCACCGUCAGGUGACGUCUGCCACAGCUCGGCUCUUGCCAGCACUUCACCAUGUGACCAUAUCCAACAGAGAGAGGGAAAGAUGCUCAGCCCUCAUGAACAUGACUAUGACAACAGCCCCACCGCACUGUCUCGGAUAAGUAGUCCCAGUUCUGAUCGCAUUACAAAGACAAGUUUAAUCCUGGCUAAAGACUAUCUACAUUCAGAUAUGUCUCCUCAUCAGACAGCAGGGGAUCAUCCUGCCAUCUCUCCAAACUGUUUUGGCUCCCACCGGCAGUAUUUUGAUAAGCAUGCCUAUACAUUAACUGGUUAUGCCCUGGAACAUUUAUACGACAGUGAGACUAUUAGAAACUAUUCCUUGGGCUGUAAUGGUUCACAUUUUGAUGUCACUUCCCAUUUAAGGAUGCAGCCAGACCCAGCACAAGGACACAAGGGAACAUCUGUUAUAAUAACCAAUGGAAGUUGAUGUUUUUCUAAAAUAUUUUGUUCUUCAAGGGUCUCUGAAACAUAUUUAUAGUCUAAUCCCCCAUUUGCACCAUUUACUAUGCCACAGAUCGUUAGAAAGUCUAAGUUAAAUUUUAGGGUUAUUUGAUAUGAGUUCCAGUGAAAUCAAAGGGAAUACAGCACCAACAUUCAAGGUUAUACACAAGUAAAUGAGCUAAAAUGAAUACAGAAAUUGCCCACAUAUUAUAGAGGAACUAUAAUUGAUUUGUUUGAAGGAUUUUAAUGCAAAUUAAGCAUAUAUACCACAUAGAAGGGCUGAUAAAUAAAACCAUUGUGUUAUGACAAUCUAGUAGAACUUAUACACACAGACCAUAUGCUGCUCACAAACUGCUAUGUACAGUUCUCAUACAUAAAUAUACAAAAUGGCUUCUUUUCCUUAUCGAUCACAAAGAAACAUCAGUUCCCAAAAUAACUAAGGAAGAAUGGGAUGUGUCUCAUAAACUAACUUUCUCUUCUUCAUCUCAAACUAGUCCACUCAUUUGGUUCAGGCAUAAAUUACAGAAAUGGUUCUCCUGUGGUACAUGAAUGUGUUUUUACCUGGUAUCCAUUACAAGCAAUCAGGAAAAGGUGAUUUUUCCACUUGCUUUUGAAUUAGGCAUAGACCAGAAUUGCAUUGGCACAACAAUAAGGAAUUUUCCAAGUCAUACCACUGAUAUGUUGGGAGAUACAUAAAAAAUAUGGUCUACUUAAUUUUAUGUGGCUCAGUAAAGGAAAGGGCAGAGCAGAGUGAUACUAAAUCUCCAAACAACUUUUAAGGUAUGGUAAACAACAUUUUGACAGCUAGUGUGAAAAAGACACUAAUAGGAAAUUUAAUCAGUUCACACAGACAAAAUGCUGGUAAGCACAAAAGUAACCAAAGAAGAUCUGUAAAGAACUACAUGACAACAGGAUAAGCAUUUAAGAACAUCUCAGAGCAGAUAGGCCAGUGUGUCAGUAUGCGGAAAGCCUCAGGAGAGAGUCUAAGAUAAAAGUUUAGGCAGAGGGACAAGUGGUUCAAUGGGUGCUUGGGGAAGGCACAGGGAAAAUGUUGGCUUUCUUUGCUGUUUGUAAACUAAGAAAAUAGCACACUUGCUCAUAUGUCCAUGUGGCACAGUAGAAAGUCAAGUGAACUGUAUGCCAAGGUCUUCAUUCUGACCUUGUCUUUUACUUAAUUCGGAGCUCAUAGAUGCUCACAGUCCGUGGGUCUUAGUUAUCUGGUCUGCAGGCAGCUCUUAUCCAUGGUCCAGUGAUUUAUUGGUAGGCUGAAAGUAAACUUGUAAGCGGUUAAAACUCUGCUAUAAAUUUUCAAGACUGAUGGUUCUGGAUUUUCCAUUCACAAGUAGAGGUCUAGAUACUUUGUUGUUUAAGCCAAGUGUGGGCUCUUUCAGGAAGGAAGAGUUACAGACAACUUUCUCUUAGAUGCAGCCAAAUGUAGGUGCUAGAAAUUUAUGAAAGGGAAGACAAAUAGUAAAAUUUAUUUAAUGCACUAUUCUCUAGUAUUCAAAGGAAAUAACAUGCGUGGUUGUAAAAGUUUCAUAAGAUAAUAUUUUUUAGAAUUCCCAUGCCUCUUACUCUUGUCAUAUUUAAGAGGGAGGAUGGACUUGAUAAUUAUGAAAAUAUUACAUAACAUUGGACACUCAGGGAUUAGUACUGUAUUUUCAUCACUCAACAGGAUCAUUUGGUGACAGUCUGUGUGACAGUAAGUUGAGAGGUGAAUAAUGGGUUGUUUGUACAUGAGAGAAGAGGCUACAUAAAAUUAAACACUACUUGGGUAUAAUAGAACAACAGUGUCAAUGAAAAUGAGGAAAUGUGCAAAUCAGUGAGAAAUAUAGUUUAUGUACUCAAAUAUACUUUCAAAAAUAUUCAAAGGAAAAUGAAAAUGAAAAUGAAAAUUUUAACUCCCUAAGAAAAAUAUUCAGUAAUUUAGGGAAAAUUGUGUCAAAGAAACUCACAGGACAAGUGAUUUGAAUAAAAUGUCAAGAUGAAGGAGGUUUUCAGGAUGAUGAAGGUUUUACAGAAUCCUAUAGAUCAGACAAAUAUCUGAUGAGUAUCUAUUUUGGGCAGAAAAUCUCUACAAGUAGGUUCUAUUGCUGGGUAGGUAUACAUUGGUGCAUCAGAGGUACCUUCUGAGAGAUGCUUGUCACUAAAGGAAUUCCAGCAGAGUUUUUAUGUAGAGAAUAACUCACACAAGAAUAAAUUGUGACCUCUACAGACAAAGCCUAAAAAGGAGGAACAAUGCUUCCCAGAAUGCCAUAAGGAAUAUUUUUAAAAGAGAUAGAUUCAUUUCCAUUACAUUUUGCUUAACAAUCUUAGUAGAUUGGCCCAUUUAAAAUACAUUAACCAUUAAAAAAAUGUCAAUUUUGCAGUGGCGAUUUUAUAAUGUUUCAUAUAAUGCCUCAUGAACUCACAAUAUAUAUAUAUAGCUUACAUUGUUUUACAGAAUGGCAUGAUUACUAUAAAUGACCCAAAAUUAAUUGAUAUUUACACUAGGUGACUUCUUAUUGUUUGUGUAGAUGUAUAAAAUGAAUUUGUAACCUACAUUAUUUUGUUCUGUAUAGGAACAUAUUUGCUCAUAAAGAAUGUGCCAUCUGUCUUAAAAAUAUGGGAUGUAAAAUACAAUCCCAGUAAUUUAAUCAAUUAAUGUUAAACUUAAAUUUGCUUCAUCUUUUAUUCUUGAUUUUCCUAUCUUUACUAAAAAAUGGAAAGCCUGAGAAGCAUGUUUCCUUCUACCAGUCUAGGGAUUCAUAACCAUAUGUUAUAUACAAUUAUAAAGAACACUACACACAGUUCCUUAGUCUCCACGAAGCCCAUUCUAUCUGGAAAUAUUAAGAAUAUCUCUGAUACCCACUUGCUUGUUUUACCAAGAUAAAAUUUAAACCUGUGGAUGACCAGUGAAAUACAUGUUUCCCAAAUUUUCCUUGGGGAAAUUCUGUUAAAAUUAUUUCUGAGAACAUACAGUUGAUGGAUUCUUUUUUGAUAUAUUUUUAAGGUCAGAGACACUGUAGGUCAGACAUUUAUGUGUGCUUCAGUCCCACAAAUCUUUUGACAUCACAUGCAAAAUCUAAUGUGAUAGUGUUUUAAAAACCUUAGUUGCCUGUACAAGACACCACGACAGAACUGAUAGACAUGCAAAACCAGACAGGAUGUAAUAAAUGAUUCCUUCAGUGUUUAUACAGAAAGCCACUUAUUAUUUCCCAGUUAUAGUUUAUAGGGCUAGAGUAUUCCCAGCAAGUACUGUUCUUAAUGCUGUCUGUACCCUGCUGCCACAUACUGCCUUUGGGCAGAGAAUCCCACUUAAAAUAAACUUUAAUGAGAUCUCCUAAAAAAAGAUAAUAUGUUCCAUUGCCCUUUCUUUUAUUUAAAUGGAGUUUAAUUUUGAUACAAGAUUAUUUGGAAAAUAUGAAUAGCUAUUUUAAAAUAAAAUGAAAAUUUUCUCCACCAAACAUCUAGAUAAUGUGAUAGUAUACUUGGGAGCACUCUGAAUACAGACUUGCUAUGUUAUAACUCUAUCUCUUACUCCAUAUUUCUCUGUCUGUUUCUCUCUCAAAACCUGUUAAUGACUAAGCUAUUUGUGUGAUCUACUAGUACUAGCAGAAACUGGAAGCGACAGAGUGAGAACUGAGUACUUGACUGGGAAUCACUCAUCUUACCACUAUGAUACAGUAAUCCUUGUUAAAAAGUUUUGAAUGUCUGGAUUUGGGCUCUUAGUUCAUUCAAAUGAUAGAUGUAGACACACAUCCAAUUUUCUGAGUGACUUAAAAAAAGAAAGUAAGUCCUCCAAAUAUGUAAUUGAGAAUUCAUGUAAAUGCCAGGAUUUUGUGAAUAAGGAUUUCACUGUAGGUAAAAUCUGUUGGCUAGCUCUUACUGUGAAAAUACAUGGUGGAUAUGACAUUCUAAAUUUUAAGUGGGUGUCAGAACAGCUGUGGAUACAUGUAAGUGUAUCAUAAAUAGAAAAUAUUCUUGGGGGAAAGUUUUGUGUGGUAUUUAUAUCUUGUGCACAAAGGUUGUACGGGUAGUGCUUAAAUUCAAAAGGUAAGAUGACAUUCAAUUUCAUAUAGACAUUUAUUUCAAAUUCUUUUUCUAAAACUGUGUGCAGAAAGUACACACACACACACACACACACACACACACACACACUAUGACUUCUAUCUUACUUUGAGGAUUUAAAAAUGUGUUAUAUGCAAUGUGAAUGUAUGAUGAUUCGCACAAGAAAUUCUAAUUGAUAAUUUUAAUCUAAGUAUCGUAGUUUUAUGUACUGGGAUUUGCUAUGUGAACUUGCCUUCAUAACCUAGGUAAGAGGACUUUGUCCUAAUCUACUAAUCUUAGACAUAUAUCAUCAACUUCUACCCAAUAAUUAUGAUGUGUUUACAUUUCAAAAGAAGUGAAAUUGGCAUGGACAAAUUUUUUACAGUAAUUGUAACUUCUUUUCAAAGGAACAGAUUUCAAAAAGAAAGAAAACCCAGAGGCACUUCAAGAAAGAUAAAAUAUUUUAUGCUUGUUUUUUGACUGACAUGAUAUAAAAAGGAUUAUAUUUGUGAGAGAAGAUACUGGUUAGAAAUACCCUCUUGCAAUGUAUAGUUUUUAGUGAUAUUGUAGUAUAAACUUGUAAUCUGAACUUUUACUUUGGAAUGUAAAGUAGAAAAUAAUAGCUAUGUCAAUGAUAUCUUGCAAAGUGUCCCCAUUUAUAAUUAUUUAUAUUGUAAAUAGCUUUCUGAAGUAAAAUUGAAGUUAAUGUGCAUAAAAUGUAUUUAUUAUGUGAGGAAUUUUUGGUUUAAAAUAUAGUUACCAAUAUGCA